UUAUGACCAAUUUUUCUCUCUCUACCAUAGAGUGUAGACUGUCAGUCUAUAUUAAGUGGAGACAGAAAAUGGUAUGACCAAAUUUCUAAGAGGAGACUGGAGAAGAAGGGGCUGCGAUGUGGCCAUCACCCCUUGGUAGUGGCCCCACCCCGACCUGUCUCUGUCUUUGGCAAAUCCACAUGUCCUAUAGCACUUCCUAUUUCUGCUUGGUGAAAGGCCCCCACAAACCAAAUAAAACUCCACUUCCCAGCUCUCUCUGCACCCUCUAGUCCGUGGCAGUGAGGCGCCUUCUCUCAUGGCCCUAACCACUUGUUCUGCUCUGUGACAGGCACCCUGCACCAUCUGUGUUACCCGGUGGUAUCAGGCCCUGGGCUAGCCUUUCUAGCAUGGAGUCACCUCAGGCUUGUGCCUCUCACUCCUCUGCCCGCUACCCUGUGUACUCACCCAUCCUCCUUCCCCCGGAGACCUACUGUGGACCCUGUUUUUCUUCAGGUAGUUGGUUCCUUGCACCAAGUCCCUUUUCUGGAAUUAAGGUUGGGGAGGUCAAUCUUUCCUUGAGGUCUGGGGAGAUGACCGAAGGCUGUUGUGAAGAGCUUGACUCACCCAAGCUCUGGGUAAUUCUUACUAGACGUGGAAUGGUCACUCUUGUGAGUCUUCCCAGCAGAACUAUGAUACUGACAACGAUCUGAUCUCAUGGAGAAAACCGAGUGAGCGUCUCCUGGGGGGUUCUUUGCUUGGCUGCAAGAAUCAGGGCUGACCCAUAACCCUUGUUCCCAUCAAGCUGCCCACUCCUCUGACCUCUGUGUCUCCAUUCUUAGGACUUUGUCAUCAACCGAGAGCCUGUGAUAACUUCUUCUGCAGUUCAAUAGUCUUGUGUCUAAGGUACCCCAGAAAUCAGGGUCCUCAAGAAGGGAAAGGGAGAGGGUGAGCAAGGUCUAUUAGAAACCAAGGGAGGGAUUCUCCUGAGAAGGGAAGGUCCUGGGGCCAGCAGACCUGCGGGCUUCUGUUGAGCGAGUGGCAUCUUUGAGUCAUCUCCCUGGAAGCAGCACAGGGAAGAGGUCAGACCACGAGGUUGCUUACAGCGCUUUGACUGUGGAAAGCGCAGACUGAGAGCUGCUUAGGAGGAGAGGAUUGACAGGGAGAUAAGAACCCUGAGAAGUAGGCACAAAGGGUACAGGAGCAGGUGUCCAGGAUAGGCCAACAAGAACAAUUGGCCAGUUGCUGGGGCUGGAAGGAAGUCAGAGAGCUUAGACACAGGACAGAGCGUCUCCAUGGGCUGUCGUCUCUCCUAGUCUUCAUCCGGUGUCAAUGGAGAAGGCUUCAUCUUUUCUACUAGCAUGAAAGACUUGGAAGUAAGGUCCUGGACCAUGACCCAGUGACCCUUCAGCCCUGACCUCCACAGUGGGGGCUGGGUGUCCUCCUGCCAGCUGCCAGCCCACCUCCCCACCCUAAUGAUUGCCCACUCUCUCUCCCCUUAACCCUCUUCCAAUUCCUCCUCUCUGCAUGCACCUCAGCCGGUACCAAGAACUAGCAAUAGCCCUGGCCUCUGAGAAGGAGCUGCUGCAAAAGCAGCUGCUGCUGCAGAACCAGCUCAUAAACUGGCUGCAGCAGGAGGAAAUUCAGGGCAAGGUGGCAGCUGAUGCGGUCUGCCAGGAGCUACACGCGACCCAGGUGAGGGAGUCUCUGAGUGCUGGGCCCAAGUGGGAGGGCCUGGCAACCACUGUGCCUUCUCUCUUUCCUAACCCCUUAGGAGCACCUGGAAGCUGUUACCCAGCAGAACCAGCAGUUUCGGGCCCAGCUGAGCCUCAUAGGUCCCCCUGGGGAAGGUAAGUGAGCCCGCCCUGAGGGACAGGACAGUGCCUGAGGAGGAGGAGGAGAGGGACUUCAACACAGAAUAGCGGGGUUAGACAUGCCCUUUAGAACAACUGGUCAUUCUCCCCAGGUUCAGGGCAAGGGGGGGGCACAGAGGUGGCCCUGAGCUUCUUCCCAGGCCCACUCUACCUCCCUUGGUGGGUUGUCCGAGAACCCUCUGGCUCUCCCCAUAGGAGAAGGAUUUGUCAAGGAGGCUUCUCAGUUCAAGCAGGGCCUCCCAAAAGAAUUGGAGCGUCCAGAGGCUGUGGCGAGCCUCCCGCCUCCCUGCCCUUCUCGGUAUCCUCUCCUGCUUCUCCGCUGUGAUCCCUCUGAGCACCCUCCUCCUACCUGGUUCCCUGCCUUCUGGCAUCUCUGGACCCCCGCACCUUCCAGGGGAUGAAGAACACAACAGGUAGGCCCACCAAAGUUUCACAAGGGGGAGGGUUCCCCUAUGCAUCUCUGGGCCCUUGUGUCCUGAGUCUUGCCUCCACAUAAGCACAUGCACCUGUUGCCUGCAGCCGAAGGAACACAGGCUCUACUGCCAGCAACUGGCUCAUCUAGGAGCUCCAUCCCAGGAGGAGCCAGAGAAGGAGUCCUUGGCCUACGGGACACUCAGGGGCGACUGUGUGUGUGUGGAGAGAGCCACCAGGCCCUUCGGGGGGCCGUGGAGAAGCUGCAGGUGAGCGAGUCUCUCCUGGUAUGGGCUGGGUCACUGCUGAGACCUGACCCUGUUCCUGUAGCACCAGAACCACUUUCUGCAGUGUAUGAGGAGAACGUGGACCUGCAGGAGCAAGUGAAAGAACUAGAACACCGUUGCAUCCUGUUCUGUGGAGAAAUGAACACCACUGGUGAGCUGGCACGCCAGCGACCAUGGCUAGUGAGCCGCACAGUGGGGAAGCACCUGCGCCCUGACCUUAUUAUACUUGUCCGCGGGCCCUCCCGCCCUCCGUCUGGGCAGGAGAGUACAUUGUCUCUACAGAACCAGAGUGCAAUGCUGAAGGCGUGUCACAGAGGAGGAGGAGUACAUCAACCAGCUGGCGCAGGACAAGAUGAUGAAGGUGGAGAAAUGAACUCUGCGACCUUGGCCAAGUCAGCCUUGAGGAUCCUGUUCAGCUUGCACAAGGAGAAGCCAGGGCGGGAUGUCCUAACUGCUGCGGAGAAGCCCACAGCGCUGCUGCGGGAGCUGCAGAACCCCAGGAGCGUGCUGGCUUGGGCGGCAACCCCGCCUCCCCUUCUCCUACUGGACUGAGAACGACGAGAUGAAGACUCCGGUCUCGCGGGCUGAGCCUCAUACCACCAGGGAAAGCUCGUCCUGCCCACCCCAUCCCUGCCGUCACCGUCCUUGCCACCCCUUCCCAAUAAGUGACAACAUAGGAACCCUGUCUAAUAAGGGGACACAGACCCAUUCGGGGCUGUCUUAAUUUCUGAGUUUCCUUGCAGAAAAAAAUGUCAAAGGCUCAAAAAUUAGAGAAGGCUGCGUCUCUGGGGCAGCAGUGCCCACCCCACCCGGCAGCUUCACCGAGACUCCCGUCCCUUAGCGGAGGCACUUUGGGGAGGACAGCUGGGCAGCAUUUUCACUGGUUGCAGGGCAGGAGGGCCUUCCUCCAGUCCAGGAGAGGCCGGGUCCGGCAGGUGGUCUCCUACCGGUGUCCAGCCCCUUCCUCGAGGCCCUGUGAGCUGGGCAGCGUCUUAGUGGGCUGCGGCAGGAGGCGGUUCCUGUAGUCUAGGCGACGCCACGUCAAGGCAGGGCAGCCGGGCAACAGCUCUCAGACCCUGCCAUAGGGCAGGG